GUUUGGAUUCGGCGCUUUGUUUGGGAAUGUUUAGGUUACGCGCUGGUAAAGACUUGCGUGUUUUGUUGAAAUUAUCUUUGGAAGGAGGACAGAUCGAUGGAAAUCUUCAUAAAGCUGUAGUCCCACUUCCAAAAAGUCGGAGUACAUGAUGAAUGGCAGCUCUAACCAGGAAAGAGUCUCCAGUUUGGACCAAGCAGAACCAGAACCUCCACAAAUCAAAGAGGAACCAGAGGAACUGUGCAUUGAUCAGGAAGGAGAGCGGCUGGUCCAGAAUCAGGAGGCUGAUGUGAAUCUGGAGUUCCAGACUGAGGAGUUGGAUCAUCACCAUCAUCAGAGAAACAUCAUCAGGGUUUCUGAUGUAACACUGCAAAGUACAGACCUCUCAGAGAAAAACAUCUGUAAGGUGGAGACUGAUGAUGAGCAGCUUCUCUGGAAGCAGGAGAGGAGCUCCAGUCUGGAUGAAGAGGAACCAGAGCUUCCACUGAUCAAAGAGGAGUGGGAGGAGGUCUGCAUUAGUGAGGAAGGAGAGGAGCUGGAACUGAAGGAGGAGACUGAUGCUUUCAUGGUCACUGAGGAUGAUCAGGAAAAGAUGAACUCCAAACCAGAACCAAGUGAGAACCCAGUUCUGGAGGAAAACCCUCACAUCAGCAACAGUUAUUCUGUGACUGUCCAGCUGGACUCUCCCUUAGAUGAGAGCUCAAAUUCUUGUGAUUCAUGUUUCUUCCAAAGUAAUAAUUUAAAAGCCCACAUAAGUAUCAUACACACAGGUGAAAAGCCUUUUACUUGUGAAGUAUGCGAAAAAAGUUUCACUACAAGUAGUAACUUAAAAGCCCACAUGAGGACUCACACAGGUGAGAAGCCUUUUAUUUGUAGUGUAUGUCAAAAGAGUUUCCUUACAAAUACUGAAAUAAAAAUCCACCUUAGAACUCACACAGGUGAAAGACCUUUUUCCUGUGAAAUAUGUGAAAGAAGUUUCACUACAAGUAGUCACUUAAAUGUCCACCUGAGAAGUCACACAGGUGAGAGGCCUUUUUCAUGUGAAGUAUGUCAAAAGAGUUUCCUUACGAGUGUUGAAUUAAAAGUCCACCUGAGAACUCACACUGGUGAAAGACCUUUUUCCUGUAAAGUAUGUGAAAAAAGCUUUACCACAAGUAGCACCUUGAAUGUCCACAUGAGGACUCACACAGACGAAAGGCCUUUUUCUUGUAUAGUAUGUGGAAAAGGUUUCAUUCAAAGUAGUCACUUAAAAGCCCACAUGAUAACUCACACAGGUGAAAAGCCCUUUUCUUGUAAAGUAUGUCAGAAAGGUUUCUCUAGAAGUAGCUCUUUAAAAGUGCACAUGAAGAAGACCUCUCACACAGGCGAGAGCCCUUUAUCUUGUCAAAAGUGAAAAAAGUUUCAUUUGAAGUAAUUACUUUAGGAGUCUGAAUGAGAGCUCACACACGUGAGAGGCUUUUCUCUGUUAAUAUCUGUAACAAGAAAACGUUUAUCCAGGCAAGAAGUUUGACCUGAAGUUUCAUUGGAAGUUUUUCCUUUAAAAGUUCACAUGAGAAGAACUCUUACAGAUGAAAGCCCCUUUUCAUGUGAAACUUGUAGGAAAGCUUUACUUAACCUAAAAGGUUACAUUAACUUUCCAAACCACCUUUGCCAAUCAUUGACAGCUGGUUCGCUGUGGUGAACCAGCAUAAGGGAAAUGCUGAAAGGUGAACAACAUGAGAAAUCACACAGUGAAACGAUUCAUUUUUUGUAUAUUUCUGUAUAUCUUCUAAUAUUGACCCAUUAUUAUUUCCAACAAACACCAGUUAUGAAGAAAUUCUGGGGACAAACAGACAGCGGUGCUCUAAAGUGUCGGUCUGUAGCAGCCGUCAGUCUCCAACGACUCACCAUGCAGAGAUGCAUGUUGGGAACGUGAAGAACAUGAUAAUACCAUCUUUGUCAUUAAUCCUUUCCUUUGACCAGAAAAGAGGGGGGCUGAAUUUGUCCGAUCGGUAUGUGAUUACAUUGGUGACUAUGGUACCAUGCCAUAUUUUACUGUCACCUGAACCCCGUCUCACAACUGCCAGACUUUUCACUUUUUGAAUGAACGCCAGGCCCCUUAUUGGAAGAUAUACAUUAUGCAGAAUCUGUUUUAAUGGAACUUCACGACAGUUCACAGGUUUGAUGAAGACUAGUUUAUUGUAAUAGAGCAAAAUGUUGAAAGAGCACUGUGUUUUUGUAAAGUAAAACCAAAUAUUUCUGUGCAGUAUAAUCAUUUUUCAGGAUUCACAAAGAUGGGAGAUGGAUUUCUCACAUGGAGAUUCUUGGUUAUAGAUUACUAAUCCAUUGAAUGUUGUGAGAUUUUGCAUCAGAAUAUGACAUGUCUGAAAGUACAAACGUAUUUUCUUAUAUUAUAUGUGUAAAUUCCAGUUGUAUACUGUACUGGAAUUUCUAAUAUUUAAGUAAACAUUGCUAUAAUAAACGCUGAUGAAGGUUUAAAAUAAUCUCCAGUGCUUAAAUUUAACUUUGAAAAAAUGUGUAGAUUCUUUGAUAAUAAAACACAUACAUCUUUUGUUACAUCGA